CUCUCCCCCUGCCAUCUUGCAGGUAAAGUUGCCAGGGGUCCUGGGCUGAGAAAGUGGCCAAACCCUCCCACUGUGGGAUGUUUCCUCUGCUGCACCCUGGGCUGGUUCCUAUUCAAAUGUGGGUCAGGGGUGAGGAAGCCUAACGUCAUAAGCUUUGCAACAUGGCGUCCCGACGGCUGUGAGAUGAGCAGGAGGAUGGUAAAGAACGCCUGAGAACGACCCUACCGAUGUAAAAAGCUUCAGGUGGUGCUCGUGUAGGAAGAGAGAGAGAGAGAGAGAGAAGGAAAGAAGGAAGGUGGAAAUGGAACUGCCAAAUCAUGCCAAACACCUGCUGCUGCAACUCAACCAGCAGAGAGCCAAGGGCUUCCUGUGUGACGUUAUCAUUGUGGUGGAGAAUGCGCUCUUCCGUGCCCACAAGAACAUCCUGGCCGCAAGCAGCAUUUACUUCAAAUCUUUGGUACUCCACGAUAACCUUAUUAACCUUGAUACAGAGAUGGUUAAUCCCUCUGUAUUUAGACAAGUGCUGGACUUCAUCUACACUGGGAAGCUCCUGUCCUCAUCGGACCAGAGCAGUGAGCAGAACUUCAGUGCCCUCUUAACCGCAGCCAGCUACCUCCAGCUCCAUGACCUCGCAGCUCUGUGCAGAAAGAAGCUCAAGCGCAGUGGUGGGAAACCCCUGCCAGGUAAACCCUCCACUCCAGGUCCACUUAGCCGCUUACGCCUCAACAACCAGCGACUUUCCUCUUCUACCCCUGCUGGCCCCAACAACCACUAUCCUCCAACUCCUUCUGAUGCCGACCAGCCACAGCCAGAUGAAGGCCUUCGGGACAAACUCUCAGAUGAUGAGAUGUUCGUCGGCAGCUCUGGGAAGAAUGGGAAUGGGGGGAAUGGCAGCAGUAAUGGUAACCUCAGCAGUGGAGGAAGUGCUGGAGAACCAGACCUUGGACUAGACCUGUCCAAAAAGAGCCCUCCAUCUGCAGGCACAGCCACUGAUGCCCUCAGCCCACACAGCAACUCCCAAGAAUCCCCUCAAUCUGCCUCAGUAUCCACAACCAACAGUGCCUCACUGGAUGACUCCUCCGCCACCCUACCAGGUGUAGACACAGAAACCAUGGAGCUCAACCCUUCCUCUAAAACCUCGGAGGAAACCCAAAACCAGCCAGAUGGGCCCCCACCACAGAAGAAAUCCCGACAGGGAGCUCGCAAGAACGAAUGGCCUAAGAGAGAGGCAUCAGGGUUGAAGUCUGAAGACCAUGACAGGCCCCUGGUCAAUGGAGUGAUUGUGGGUCCUAAAGAUGGCCGCUCCUCUGGGGUCGGAGGGGGCAGCGGUAGCAGCUUCACGUCUGACCAGUCCUUCCAGUGUAAAGAUGAGGAAGAAGGAGAGAACGGCCAGGACCACAGUGAAGAAAGUGGUCAAAGUGAUGGGGAGAGUGCGGGAGGUGGAGGAGGAACAGCGGGGGGACAAAAAAGCGCCAACUAUGUGUACAGGCAGGAAGGUUUUGAGCCAGCGUUCGGAGACAACCUCUAUGUGUGCAUUCCCUGUGGUAAGGGCUUCCCCAGUUCUGAGCAGCUCAAUGCUCACGUGGAGACACAUACUGAGGAUGAGCUCUACAUCAAAGAAGAGGGAGGGACCUUUGUGAAAGAGGAAGAUGAGGAGGAGGCAGAGGACCUCUCUGCCCCUGUAGGACCCUCCAACUUUGGCUCUGAAACGCGUCCGUUCAAGUGUACAGUCUGCAGUAAGAGCUACAAAGACCCGGCAACACUGAGGCAACACGAAAAGAGCCACUGGCUGACCAGGCCCUUCCCCUGCAACAUCUGUGGUAAAAUGUUCACCCAGAGGGGCACCAUGACACGCCAUAUGCGCAGCCACCUUGGCCUCAAGCCGUUUGCAUGUGAAGAGUGUGGCAUGCGCUUCACACGCCAGUACCGUCUGACGGAGCACAUGCGUGUCCACUCUGGGGAGAAGCCGUACGAAUGCCAGCUAUGCGGGGGGAAGUUUACCCAGCAGCGCAACCUCAUCAGUCACCUGAGAAUGCACACCUCACCCUCUUAGAAAUGCAUCAAGCCAAAGAACUCUGGGAAUAGAAAAUAUUUCUCUACCUGUUUUUUUUUCCCAUCUCAAAAGCAAAGAAACGCACACGAACACGUUCACAUGCAGAAACACAUAGUUCUACAUAUGAAUUCCAGUUUACGUCACCUCGGCGAAGUGAAUGAUGUUGCCGUUAGCCACAGUGAGCUCUUGGCGAUGGUGGGUUCUUGUUGAUGCAAGGAUCAUGUCAUCGUUUAUAUCAUUUGCUCACCUCUCAGGAGUUCUAGAUGAACAAUUUACUCCUGCCACUCUCCAAAGUCGCGAAGCCAUGGUGGCGUGGCAUGACUUCGGGUCUGCGUUGCAAGUCUGUCAAAUGUGAAUGUGGGAACUAAUAUAAUGUCAAGCCCCCCCCCCCCCCCCCCCCCCCCCCCAC